UUUCGUUUGUAGUGAAAUCGUCAGUCUCUCUGCCUCACUGCAGCAGAAAUGGCAGAAGCAAAUAUUCUGGUAGCAGAGCAGCAGUUGUUGUGUGCAGUGUGUCUGGAGAUAUUGAAGGACCCAGUCGCUAUUCCAUGUGGACACAGUUACUGUAUGGGGUGUAUUAAGAACUGCUGGGAUCGGACUGAACAUAGACGUUUCUACAGCUGCCCCCAGUGCAGAAAGACCUUUACCCGAAGGCCUGUUCUGCACAGAAACACCAUCCUGGCUGAAAUUGCUGGAGAAUUCAAGAAGAGAAGGCUCAAUCCUCCUCCUGCUCAAAGUUAUGCUGGACCUGGAGAUGUGCCGUGUGAUGUCUGCACUGGGAGAAAGUUUAAAGCUGUGAAAUCCUGUUUGACAUGCCUGGCCUCUUAUUGGGAAACACAUGUCAAGCCACACUAUGAGGGUGUUGCUUUCAAGAGGCACAAACUGGUCAACGCUAUUGAAAAUCUGGAGCAGAAGCUUUGUGCUGAACACCAGAAGGUUUUUGAGGUCUUCUGUAGAACCGAUCAGUCGUGUAUUUGCUGGUUGUGUGCAGACAAGGAACACAAGAGCCAUGAUACAGUCUCAGCUGAGACAGAAAGGACUGGGAAACAGAAGCAGCUGGGAGAGACACAGACACAAAUACAACAGAGAAUCCAGGAGAGACUGAAAGACGUGGAUGAGCUGAAACAGGCUGUGAAGUCACUGAAAAGAUCUGCACAGAGGGAAAUAAAGGAAAGUGAGACGAUCUUUACUGAGCUGAUCCGAUCCAUUGAGAAGAUCCACACUGAGGUUACUGAGCUGAUUGGAGCUAACGAGAAGGCUGCAGUGAAUGAGGCUGAAGGACGCAUGAAGAAACUGGAGCAGGAGAUUGCUGAGCUAAGGAGGAGAAAUGCUGAGCUGAAACAGCUUUCAGAGACAGAGGAUCACAUCCAUUUUCUACAGAAUUUCCAGUCUCUCUGUGCCCCUCCUGAAGCUGGAGACUUACCCAGCGUUACUGUCAAUACAGACAUCUCUUUUGGGGCUGUGAGGAAAGCUGUAUCUGUACUUAAAGACCAUAUUGAGAACUUCUGCAAGGGGGAAUUAGUCAAAAUAACCACAACAGUGAAUGAAGUUGCAGUUUACAGUCUGCAGGCUCCAGAGCCAAGGAACAGAGCUGAGUUUUUAAAAUAUUCCUGUCAGCUCACACUGGACCCCAACACAGCGCAUAGAGAGCUCUGUCUGUCUGAAGGGAACAGAAAGGCGACAUGGGGAGAGACCCAGAGGUGUUCUGAUCACCCAGAGAGAUUUGAUUACUAUCUCCAAGUGCUUUGCAGAGAGGGUUUGUCUGGGACUCGCUGUUACUGGGAGAUUGAGUGGAGUGGGGGAGGGGCUUAUAUAGGAGUUGCAUAUAAAGGAAUCAGCAGGAAAGGAGUGGAUCUUUCCUGUGUCCUUGGAUACAAUGACAAGUCCUGGAGUUUGUUCUGCUCCGGUUCCAGUUACACUGCCCGGCACAAUAACAAUGAAACUGCAAUAACUGCCCCACGCUCCCCGAGAAUAGGAGUGUAUCUGAACUUUAAUGCCGGCACUCUGUCAUUUUAUGGCGUCUCAGACACAAUGACCCUCCUGCACAGAUUCCAAACCACAUUCACUGAGCCGCUCUAUCCUGCGGUUUAUAUUUAUUCUGGUUCCCCUGUAACAAUCUGCCAGCUGAACUAAACAGUUUUGUGCUGUAAGAAAACCUUUGUAUUAAACUCCCUGUCUGUCCUCUCCACUCCUCGGGUGAAGGGAAUUUUCAAUCUGACAAAACUUUGGAUGAAAGUUAGGGGGUAAAACGGCACCACCAGCAGAGUGAAACAAGGUGAAUUAUUUGUUUUUACACUUGGGGCCAAGGCAGCCUCAUUUUUACUGUUUAAUCUCUUUCAGGUUAGUGUUUUUGUAAUUGUAAACACUCAUAACUGUACAGCUGUUUCAGCAUAACAUGUUCAAUAUGUCCUGAGUAUUUAUUGAUUACAAACACAUAAAUAGAACCAAGUGGCAGACUUAGUUGGCAUCUCUGCACAGUGCUAGAAUUCCCACAGCAAGUACUGAUAAGUAUCUCUUAAGUUGUUUGUAGCUCACUAAGUAAUUCCACAAUGUCUUCCUAUAUUGCACUUCAAUUGGCUACAUAGGUCUCAAAUUUAGUUUAUUGUUUAUUAAUGUUAUUGUUUAUUGUUAUUCAAAGCACUGUUUAAGGUCAACGAUCUAUAUAAUCAGGUUUUAAAUUAAAACCAAAACACAAAUGUAAAUACGCACCAUUUUAAUAACCAUUUUUUAUGUUUCUGUACUUUAAUGCAAACAUUUUUUCUUUAAAUGUUUUGUAAAGUUUUUAAUUUUCAAUAAAUGUUUUGUUCUG